AAUAAUGAAUUGAAUGCAAUUGUUGAUGUCCAUUAGGAGAGAAACUAGCGGUCUCAUUGAACUUGGCCUGGCCUGGGCUGGCUAAUAUUCUUUGAUUCCCUUCACUUGACCAAUAUAUAUUACACCACGCGUUAGUUACUCACGUAUUCUGCUUCUUUCUUUCUCUCACCCUUGCUUGUUUAUGCUUUCCAACUUGCCCUUCCAUUCAUUCAUUAUAAUAAAUACUCGGGAAUUGGCACACACACCUCACACUUCUGUUUCUUCUUCUCGUUGCUGAUUAAUGGCUUUUGUGAUUGUGAUUGUGGUUUUCUGAAUAAUACUGAAUGGGUUCCAUCAGAGGGAUCAAGAAGAGGAAGAAGGCUGACAACAAAGAUGGCCAAGAUGCCUCUGCAACCUCAUUCGAUUGGUGGCAUCACUUCUCCCUCAGAAUCUCAGCUCGAUCUAAAAAUAUAGAGAAAUUUGAGUCUGUUUUCAAGAUCUCAAGGAAGACGUUCAACUAUAUAUGUUCUCUUGUGGAAGAAGACAUGGUGGCCAGAGCCUCAAAUUUUGUUGAUUUAAAUGGAAAUCGCUUGUCUUUGAAUGAUCAAGUAGCUGUAGCUCUCAGAAGGCUUAGCUCUGGUGAGUCAUUGUCAACCAUUGGUGACUCAUUUCGGAUGAACCAGUCAACUGUUUCCCAGGUAACAUGGAAAUUUGUGGAAACAAUGGAAGAAAGAGGGCUCCACCAUCUUAGUUGGCCUUCAACUGAAAUGGAAAUGGAAGAGAUAAAGUCCAAGUUUGAGAACAUAAGGGGCCUUUCUAAUUGUUGUGGUGCCAUUGACAGUACACACAUAAUGAUGACUUUGCCCUCUGUAGAUGCCUUGAAUAGCGUGUGGAUUGAUCGUGAGAAGAAUUGCAGCAUGGUGUUGCAAGCUGUUGUGGAUCCGGAUUUGAGAUUCCAUGACAUAGUUACUGGAUGGCCAGGAAGUAUGAGUGAUGAGCAAGUGCUUCGAAGCUCUUCUCUUUUCAAACUUGCUGAAGAAGGGAAGAGGUUGAAUGGGGGUAAGAAAACACUUCCAGAUGGAUCAGUGUUAAGGGAAUAUAUUAUAGGGGAUACAGGCUUUCCCCUUUUGCCAUGGCUUCUUACACCUUAUGAAGGUAAAGGACUGUCAGAUAUUCAAGUUGAGUUUAAUAAAAGGAUUGUUGAAACCCAAAUGGUGGCCAAGAAAGCAUUGGCUAGGCUGAAGGAUAUGUGGAAGAUAAUCCAAGGUGUUAUGUGGAAGCCUGAUAAGCACAAGUUACCAAGAAUUAUUCUUGUUUGCUGCAUACUGCAUAAUAUAGUUAUGGAUAUGGAGGAUGAAGUACAUAAUGAUAUGCUCUCUUGCCACCAGCAUGAUUCGAGAUAUCAAGACCAAACUAGUGAAUUUGCUGACAAUACUGCCAACAUUAUGAGAGAGAAGCUAUCUCUCUACUUAUCAGGCAAAAUGCCAACUUGAAAUAUCAUUUCUUCUGAUUGUUACAAUUGAAUUGGAGUUAUAUAAAAAUAGAUUUUUACUCUACCAUGUUCAUGUUAGUGGUUGACAACUAACUUGAACACAAAUAAAUUUUAGUUGCCUCUGCUUCAAUGUCUGCUCAAGGAGGAGGAUACUUAUUCUACUUCUGGUUGCAUGAGCUAUUUGCUUGGUAGUUAGUUGAGUUAGUUAUGUC